UAGUUCAGACUUUAUGCAAAAGUUUGGCUUUCCGAAGGAAAGCCAGAACCUUGGUCUCUUCUUCCGGGCAGUUACUUAAAAUUUCCCUUAGGCUUGUUGCAAGACGGCAGGUCUGUCUGAUAAGAUGGUAUUGAGGACAUGUAACCAAGAUGUGUUUGAUGGUGAUUUCUGUGUCGCAGCAUGGGCAGAUUGGAGGGUGGCUUUUAGUUAAAAGAUGUUCGUGUGUGAGGCGAGUGUGGCCGAUACGGAGGCGGGUAAGAGCCCUUCUUUCAUUUUGGGUCGGUCUGUCUGUCCAUUUGACCGUGGAGUUUUUUAUUUCACGCAACUUUGCAUGGAGAUUGGAGUUCCAUUCGAUGUCCCAGGAUUCUUGUAGAGAUCUUCUUAUGAAGUUGAGGGCAUCUUGUUGAGGAAUGGCUAUCGGCGGGGGAUCCGAAAGCGUGGCUGCAGCUGCAAGUCGAUCGGCGGCUUCGUUACCGGGGAUUCCGGCAUGCCCCGGUACCCAGCAAAGGGUGAUUUGCUUUUGGAGAGCUAUUUUGGUGAUGGUUGGUAGCCAAGGGUGUUUAAUGUUGCCGUGUGACAAGGCGGAGAGCACACUGGCCGAAUCGCUGAAGAUGACAGUUUUUGGAUCGUAUGUUUCAGCUGCUUUUAGUAUUGCGAACGCCUCGGAGCUGAAGACCGAACAUUGCGAUGGGAUAGGUAGGCUUAGAUUGUUGUUACCAUUGUAUACGCCGCUCCCGACUCGGCCGUUGUUGGUUUUGGAACCAUCUGUGUAUGCGUGAGGGAGGUGGCCAAAUUUAUGUUCCACCAGCUGUCUAAAGUGGGCUUGAAUGAUUGUUGGGGGAUCAUUUUUUUUAAUAACUCGCAUCAGGCUUAAAUUUACUGUGGGAGUUUUAUCGUUCCAGAAACUAAUACGAGGUUCUGGUCUGGGGCAGAUCGGUGGGAUUUCGUUGCCCGUCAGGUUGGAGAGGAGGGUGUUCGUUCUAGCAACCAUUUGGUAUUCGCUGGAGCCCCCAUUUGAGAGCCAACGCACGGCUUUUGAUGAUAGAAGUUUAGCGAUUGUGUAUUGGAAUGGGGUUUGGCCGCUCUCAGCCAUCAGUGAACUGAUUGGGCUGGUGCAGAAAGCGGAGCCAAUGAUUCGUAUGCAGCUAUUGUACAGAGGUUCCAAUUUGUUGAUGAUUUCUGAACUAGCUCGGCUGAGUAGGCCCAGCCCGUGUAGGAUUGAAGGAAGAAACCAACCGUGGAGGAAGCGAAAGAGGGAGUCUCUGUGGGCCUGGCUGGUUUUGUUGGCUAGGAUUUGAAGGAUGGAUAACUUAGCUUUGGCAUUCUUUCGAAUCUGGUUCAGAUGAAGAUUGAAGUUUAGUCGGUCAUCCAUCCAAAUACCAAGUAGGCGGGUGGAGCGGGUCAGUGGUAUUAUUUGGUUGUUGAUGGUGAGGUCGGGCAAUUUCUUGAGUUUUCUUCGAUUUGGACCGAUAUGUAGGAGGCAGGAUUUACUGGGUGAGAACUGGAAGCCCACAGUGGGUGCCCAGUUUGCUAUUUCGGUCAAGGCUUCUUGGAGUCUUUUCCUGGUAGUCUUGGGAAAGGCUGAUGUUGAUAUGAGCAGAAUGUCGUCUGCGUAGACCAGUGCUUGUAUGUUUGGCGGGAUUUUUUGGAAGAUGGAGUUGAUUGCGAUGAGGAAUAGGGUGGGGGCUAUCACUGAUCCUUGAGGGACCCCUCCGUGGACUGUUAUUUUUUCGGAGCGUGUGCCGUUUACGAGGACUUGAAUGCUGCGGUCUGAUAGAAAGUCGGUUAUGUAGUGCAUUAUCCUUCCUACUAUUCCCCAUUCGUUCAGUUGAUUUAUGAUAGCGACUCUGUCGACACGGUCGAAUGCUUUAGACAGGUCGAGCGAGGCACACUCUGUAUGGUAGUUCCUUUGGGAGGGUGAAUCAAGAAGCAUUUCUAAUUCUUGAAAAUAGUCGUCGGUGGAUCGACCACUACGAAAGGCAUAUUGGCGAUGAUCUAGCAGAGACUGUCCUUCGAGAAUGGCGUGGAGUCGUCGGUUUACCAUUCGUUCCAUUAUCUUGCCAGUGCAGGCCAGCAAAGUAAUGGGUCUGUAGCUAUCCAGGAGGUGAGGAUCUUGUUUAGGCUUUACUAUAGGGAUGACUAGACCCAGUUUCCAGCAGUUGGGGAAAGUGCCAUUUAUCCAGAUUUUAUUGAAGAUAUGGAGAAGCGUUGUUUUGCCGGUGAGUGAUAGGUUUUUUAAAAAGGGGUAACCAAUAUCGUCGGGGCCGGCUGAGAGGCCCUUGACUUUCCUCAAAGCUGCCUCAAGUUCGUCGAAAGAGAAGUUGGUGUUAUAGAUCCUUUCGUUCAGGGAUGGGUUUGUUGGCAAAGGUAGCAUAGUGGUGUUUGAGGGAGAUGAUAUGGAUGCAAAGUGGGAGCAGAAGGAGUUGGCUAGGGUGGAAGGGUCGUUUAUGUAUUUCUGGUUCAGGAGAAGAUGGAAGGGAUUGCUUCGGUGUUCGCCGUUGAGUAUUUUUAUUUUGUUCCAGAGAACAUUGGUUGGGGUGUUUGGAUGAACCUCUUCUGUGAAUUUCUGCCAGCUGUUGGCUUUGGCGGUGCGAACUACGGCUCUGGCUAGUGAACGGGCUGUCUUGAAUUCUGAGAGUGCCUGUUGUUUUCUAGGAUCAUCAUUUGGAAUUCUUUUCAGGUAUCGUAGUGCUUUUCGCCUUUUUUUAAUGGCGGAACGGACUUCUGGACCCCACCAAGGGACUGCAGUCUUGCCGGGGACGCCGCUGGUCCUCGGGAUGUUUUUAGUUCCUGCUUCCAAAAGUAUUUUUGUGAAGGAGGGGAUGCAUAACGUUGUUUCAAGGGCUAGGGAUUUAUCGACUUCAAUUUGGUAUCCUAUCCAGUCUGCCUCGUCGUACUUCCAGCGAGGUCUGGUCGCGGAUUUAGGUGUAGGGUGUUCGAGCUUAAUCAAGAUAGGGAAAUGGUCACUGCCGAAGGUGUCGUCAAAAAUUUGCCAACCAAACUUUGGUCCGAGCUCCCAUGAGACCAGUGUGAUGUCGAUAGCGGACAUAUUGCCGGAGGCAGGGUCUAUUCUGGUUGGUUGCAAGUUGUUUAAAAUAGUCAAGUUUCGGCUUAAGGCUAGGUCUUCCAAAAAGGAGCCUUUAUUGGUGGUGUGGGAACUGCCCCAGCAAGUGGAGUGGGCGUUUAGGUCACCCAUGAUGAUGAAAGGGGGUGGAAGCUCGGAUAAGAGAUGCUCUAUUUCACUUGUGAACUGAUGGUAGGGCAGUUGUGGAGGAAUGUAGAGAGAUACGACGGUUAUGUCUAUCGGUGUGUGGACUCUGACACAGACUGCGUUUAAAGUGGUGUUGAUGUUGAGGAGUUUGUAUGGGGUGUUGAUUUUUACGGCUAGACCGGCGCCUUGGCGUGAUGAUGGGUCGGAUAUCGUAUGUAGAUUGUAUCCUUUUAUGAUGUUUUGAGGGAUUUUGGAGUUCGUAAGUAUGUCUUGGAUGGCAAAAAUAGUCGGUGAAGCAUUUGAAAGGAGGAUUUGAAUAUCAGGAAGUCUUUUUGUGAGGCCUCUAGUGUUCCACUGGAUGGCAAAAUUUUGAGAUUUUUUUUGAGCGGGUCGGUUAGUCACGGUGGUAUUGUAAGAUUGGUUCUGCAUUCUAUUUAGUGUGCUUGACGAUGUAUCCAUAUUUGUUUGGGAUAGGUUUAAUUUAACGGUUAUGGUUUUGUGACUUACCGAACUGCUUGGAGGGGUCUGGUGUUGUAGUUUUACCUGGCUGGGUGGUUUGCGAAGUGGAUGGGAGAGCUUGAUUUUUCUGACCGCGCGAUCGUUUUUUCUUGGGUCGUUCCUUAGUUUGGCUUUUUAUGGGGUCACCUCCGGUGGGGGAGUCUUCGGAGGAUGUCUUCCAAAAGCGCUUGGGUGUGGAGAUUGUGCUAACUGUGGAGCUGUUACUGGUCAUGUCGGUGUCGCUGUCAGAUUCCUCGUGUGAUCCUGGAUCCGGUUGAUUUUGGUUUUUCACUUGGCUUGUGAGUUUUCCAAUUUGGGUGGUGAGAAAGGCUACCAAUUGUUUGAGUUCUGAUAUUUCCUUGUUCUUGUCGUUGAUUGCGGAAUUUAGGCUGGCUUGGUUGAGUCGCUGUUGGACUGAUGUUGUUUGGUUUUGGCGGAGACGAUAUUCUUUAACAGCUUCGUUGUGUGAAAUGCCCUUGUCGGUCCUGAUUUUAAUUAUCUCCUGCUCGGCCUGGAAGGCAGGGCAAGAUCGGCUGUUGCUGGGGUGGGAGCCUUGGCAAUUUACGCAGUGGUGUGUUUUUUGGCAGUCUUUGUGGCUUUGCUUUUCUCCGCAGUUAAGGCAGGUGACAUCAUUCUUGCAGUGCUUUUUGGUGUGUCCAAGUAUGCCACACUGCAAGCAAGUCAUUGGUCGAGAGUAGUACGGACGGGUUUGAGCUUGAAUGAAGCCGAAUCGGAUGUGGGUGGGAACUAGGGUUCCUUGGAUGGUUAGGACAAAGGUGUUGGUGGGUUGAAUUUUUCCGUCAAUCUUUCUGGUAAAUCGGUACACGUUGGUUACCCCUUGAUUGGCAAGGUCUUUGGUUAAUGCCUCGUCAGUAGCGCCAGCAACUUCCCGGCAAGUUACCACGCAUUUGCAGCUGUUGAGUGUUGGGUGGAGCUCUACGGUGACGGGAGUUGAAUCAAUCAACUGUUUGACGGAUAACAGUUUGUCAAUUUGCUUUUGGGAUCGUACUUUGAGCAGAUAAGCUUGUCCUUGGUCGCACGGGUGUCCUCCUACGAUUUGCCCGGCGGCGAGCUCGACGGUUUUUGAAAUUAUGAAUGGGUAAGUCGGCAGUUUGCUGUUUGGGGCGGGUUUGAGCAGCAGGAACUUAAUCGGUCCGUGUGCUCCGUUCGGAUCCAUCCAUUCAGGGAUUUGUCUUUGAUUGGAGCUUGAUGGGAUUGGGGACUUUCUCCAUGGCGGGGUAUUUUCCCCCAUGGCGGCGGCUGUGCACUUAUUUUAUGCACUCGGAGAUUUCGAAGCUGGAGAUAUUUUUCCUAGCUUGACGGUGAAAAAGAUUCACUACAAAAGGAUGUCUGUGAUACAGAAGAUGGGCACUUAAAAACGCUUGUGCGGGAAACACGUCCGAACACGACACAGGAUCGAGAUAGACAGCUACUGGAGCUCACGCAGGAUACACAAAGUUUUAAGUUUAACUGUAAACAAAAACACACCGGAAAUCAGCUAUGUGAGAUAUGUGGUCCGCAAUAAGCAAGGUUGUAUUCAAAUUAUGCUUAGACAUAAUGAAACACCCAAUACUUAAGUUAAAUAACAAACAAAAAUAAUACGGAUCUUUUUGAUUGUUCAAAUUUCUGAAUCUUUCUAAUGAAAUUGUACCGUACAAAACUCCUCAAUAAGCAAUCAUCACCAAUGUUUGUUCGUUUCUAUUUUCUUCCCUACAGGAAACCGAAUGGGAUUGACUUUUCUUUCUUUGAGUUUGCGUCCAUUUAACGUGCCGAAGUAAAAACCGAAAACUGGAAUCCAAUCUAGUCAUCAGUAAACACCACCAUCAACAGGCAUGGCCCGAAUCGCCGACGACAGUGACUUUGACGCGCUGAAGCGACUGGUGGACGACCAUCGGGGCUGGACCCUGGAGCUGGCCAAAUCCGAUACCCAGGUCUACACUCGGCAGGUCGACGGCUGUAACUUCAAAAUGGUCAAAAUCCACACCGAGUUCCUGGACGUGACGGCCGAUACGCUGUUCGAUGUGCUGCACGAUCCCGACUAUCGGAAGGUUUGGGACUCGCACAUGCUGGCCAGCGAGGAAAUUGGCAUCCUCAAUGUGAACAACGAUGUCGGAUAUUAUGCCAACUGGUACGGAAGACCCCGAGACGUGUGCCGGUUAGGUAACGCUUUCAUAGUAACUCACGCCCGUCACAGCAUCCACUACCCCAGGGACCUUGAAACGUGUGCCGGUUAGGUAACGCUUUCAAAG